AUGUAUACUUCCAUACUUAUUUCAAUCCUUGCCACCCUCUCAACUACGGUAGCCGGCCCUGUCCAAAUGCGGCAGUGCAACGCCCCGAAUGUUAAUCCAGCAACUCUCGCUCUCAUCAAAGAAUUUGAGCACCCUGUCCCAUCUCCGAAACCUGAUCCCAUCGGCUACCCCACCGUCGGUUACGGCCAUAAGUGUACAUCUUCAGGAUGCUCAGAAGUGCCUUAUCCAUUCCCGCUUACAGAGACCACCAUGAAUCAAUUGCUUGCGAGUGAUUUGAAGAAUCCUCAAGGGACCAUUACUCUGCGUACAAGCUCUGACGUCGUGUUGAAUGAAUAUCAGUAUGGUGCCCUCGUCUCUUGGGCCUUCAAUGUUGGCGGCGGGAACGUACAGUCCUCUACUCUUCUCAAGCGACUCAACGCUGGUGAAGAUCCAGACACUGUAAUUGCUGAAGAGCUACCGAAAUGGACCAAGGGCAAGGGGAAAACGUUGCCGGGGCUAGUGAGGCGGAGAGCGGCCGAAAUUAGUUUGGCGCAGAGGGCAACGACCGUUGGAGCUUUGCCAGCGUGUGGGUGA